GUGGUCAAUCUGGGCGUCAAUUAGAGAGACAUCACUGUACACGGCGCGGCGCCGCCAAAACGCGGAUCGACCAUUCACCGAGCGUCAUUGCGUUUCAAUUGCUCCACGAUUUCGUCGAAAAAAGAACAUAUACAGUAAUUUCUGCCUAAUUCGCUCUCAGAUUGCGACAUUCGAGCGAUUAUUCGAGCCUUGCGUUUUUAUAGUUGUUCGAUUUGCGAACAACUAUUCGAUCUGAUCGCGAAUUAGGGAGAAAUUACUGUAUUAUUCGACUCGACUAAUAAUAAUAACGGUACCAGGUAUAUCGGAGUCGAAGUUGCUUGAACCGUGCGUCAAAUUUUUCUCUCGUUUCAUUGUUCCGUGCAAAUGAUUUUGUUGUUUCGUUAGCAGUCAGUGAUCCGCCAUUUUUCUUCGCGGUAUUCGUUUAAUUCUUCCAUUCCGUGUCUCGUCGUCGUGCUUCCAAUAUGUACAUACGUUUCGUUGUUCGUAAGAAAUCUGAAAGACGGUGCAUGCGAAAGACGGUGCGCGUUUAAUACGAUAACAUGUACAUUUAAUUAGCAGAGUCGGAGCCCCGGGCGAGGUGUUGGAACUUGGAAGCUAAUUACAACUCGGAGAAAAGCUCGCGAAUAUCCGGUCCCCCUCGACUCUGUUCGAAAGUUUUGCACGUUGACAGUUUAAUUCGCAUCUUUCUUUUUUUCGUCGUUCGUUCGUGCGUAUUUGUUUCUGCAAGCUUGAAAUGAACCCGCAUAGUUCGCCGUGGGCGCAACGUUCCGUUCGAUGACGGUUCCAUGUAAUUCGCGCAGUAGCCGCUGUUCGAACGCAACUGCUUCGGCCAGGAAGAUCAAGAGAGUGUUUCGGACAUCAGGUAAAAUUCGAACAAUUUGCAACGAACAAAAUCAUAGGCUAGGUUAGAAGCAUGUCAGUUAACAGCUGACACAGUGACUACGUUCGUUUCAUUGGUUCGGUUGAACGAUGGCCCGUUGGUCCCCGUUCGAUUCCCCAUCGAAAUUAUACGUUCGCGGGUGGAUAGUCGCGUAAAUCCGGGAUACCGAUGAACGGAGACUAAGCAAUUCGAAUAAUUAAACAGACCGUCGUCUGGCCAGAAGAGGAAUUUCGUGCCGGGGUUAGGGUGGAUCAUGCACCCUACAGCUGCACGAUCGAAUCGAACACCAUUGCAACCGUCAGUUCCGUCCACGUCCACGCCGUCCUCCUCCGUUCUACAUCCGCAGCAGCAACAAAUUCAUUAUGGGCCCGUCAUUAAUCCAAUGUUAACCCUUCAACCAUGCGGGACUGGUUUACAUCCAUCGUGCGUCUACCCUGGACCGCAACGUAACGCUGGCCCACCUAAUCCUGUUCCUAUACACGUGCAAGGCAAAGGAAGCAGAUGGCCACCGAAGAAUAAGCUCGUACGAAAUCAGCAAUACUGUCAGCAGCAGCAGCAGCAACAACAACAACAACAACAGCAACAGCAACAGCAGCAGCAGCAACACAUUCAGCAGCAGUUGUCCUACAGCCCGAAGCCCUUGGUCUUAUUCGAUCAAACGGCGAACAAUGCUCCGCUUCCGGCGCCGACCGCUUCGUUUUUAGUAGCCUCGACGUACGCGCACGGCUCCUAUUCCGGAGAUCAGUACAAUAACUCCGGCCUGGCCCUGCUGCCGCAACCAUACUACAAGCCGCCGGAGCUGCAGACGUAUUGCCUGGUGCAGGACCAGCAAACCGCGCAGCAACAGCAACAAGAGCAGCCGCUGCACAACGGUCCCUACUACAACAUCUCGGCGACGAACACCUACAACCUGCAGACGGUGAACACGCACUCGACGUUUCAGUUCUCGAAUCUGAGCCCAUACGCACCGGCCAGCUUCGGCAAUCAAAUCUCCGGGCCGGUUCAGCCGGUGCAACCGGCGCAGAUAUUCCCGAAGCAGCCGGCGAGCGUCGCGAUCGGGGCCCCGCAAAGGGACAAGAGCGUUGCCCCGUCCGCGCUCGAGGUGUCGGCCGUGAAACGCGGCAAGGGCAAGGCCCCGAGCAGCACGGCUUGCUGCUGCAUCGCGCCGAUCGCCUCCGAAGGCUACGGGGAGUGGCCGUUCCAAACGAUCGCCUCCUCGGCGAGCAGUCUGUUCGACGCGAAAUCCGGGACCGAUGACACGAACCAGGAAGCCGCGAGAGAAGCGAGCUCGCUGGAGAAAGCCGGCGUGCCCGCGAAAGCGAAGGAGGACCAUUAUUCGGACGAGUCGUCGGCCAGCUUCGAUUUCACCAUCGAGGCCGAGAAAAUGGUGUCGGCGCUGUGCAACACGUCCUCGAACGACCUCGUCAAGGAGGAGCCGAAGAACGGCAAGGCGAACUCGGCGCCACUGUUCAGCGGCGCCGGGGACACGAUCUCGAACAAGAACGCUUGGUUCACCGAUUUCUGCGGCAGCUACAACAACAGCGGCUCGUCGACGGCGAUCCAGACGGACGGGCCAGGCGCGGACGGCGCUCGGUACCCGGAAUUGAUCAGGAAGGCGGUGUACUGGGGAUGCUCGGAGGCCGAGGCCAUCCUGAACGCGAGCUGCAAGACGAACCCGAGGUCCGGCUGGCUGAAGAAUCUCUCCGCCGCGACGAAGACCGCGGUCACAAAGUCGUCGACCUGCUUCCCGGUCUUCGCCGGGAAUCAGGUGUUCGUCGGCGACCUGAUCAACGCCUUGCUGCGCAUCAGCAACGGCUGGCUGAUCCUCGACAACUACUUGAACAAGCAGCACUACCCGAGCCUCGACGAGAAGUACGACAAAGAGCUGAUCUCGAGCUUCCAGCUCUGGGAGAAGCACACCCACGAGCUGCUCAACCGGAUCGUGCAGAGUUUCGUGAAGAUCGGGGAGACCGGCGACGCGGCGGACGCCGAGCGGAAAUCGUUGGGCAGCUUUUUUCCAGGUGACGUGUCCGUUCACAUGAACUGCGACUUGUUCGACCCGUCCGUGAACGGAAGCGCGGCGCGGCAGGAGUCCGCAGUUCUCAGGAAGAACGAGCAGGACGCCGCGUUCAACGUCGCUCAGUCUGCGGGAUGCCUGCGGAAUCUCGAGGUCUACAAGCAGGAGAAGCAGGCGUCGCAGACUGAGUCGAAGCUGCGAAGUAAGUGGACUGUUACCGAGAACCUAGAGGCGAUGGAUAGCGCGAAAUCCGUGCUCGAUGUGUUCCUAGGGCACGCGGAGUCCGGCAUUCCGGCGAGCGGCAGGCUCCGAUCGCGGGCUGGCACGUCCUCGGCGAAGAUCGACCCGGCGCCGCGAUCCCUGAACGCGGAGUUUUACCAUCUGCGAAGCAAAGUGCUCACGGAGAGCAGCCAAGACUACGGGAAGCAGUGGACGUACAAGGAGAAGAAACAGGAACUCGUGGAGAACGCGACGGUGCCGCGACGCGAGAACCACGACGGGAUGUUUCGGGUCCAGCAACAGGUGGACGAGGGUUACGAUAACGCUUACGCAAGGAAAUGUCUGUCCAGAGUGGAGUCGUCGUCGUCGUUCCUGAAUCCGUCGAUCAGCCUGGAAUCGGUGUACUUCAGCUCGAACAACGAGCCCGAGAGCUUCGAUCACGGCUACUCCGUUUUCCCGUCGUACACGGUCGAGUACGCCGACAAGAACGCAAUGAAUUGCAACCAGGCCCAACCGAGGAAGAGCAACGUGGACCUGGUGUACGUCGGUAAGUCGUCGACGAAUCAGCUGGAGCUGGCUACCGUUCCGAAAGACAAGAUGACCUUGUUGAGUCAGAUAGAGCCGAGCACCUCCGAGAAGUCGUCCGAGGAGAUGACCGCGAACUUGUCCGCCUGGUUCGCGAGCAUAAGGAACUCCGACAAUAGACAGGUGUCCUUCGUGAAGCUCGGGGAAACGAAGACGGGGAACGUGGUGCCUCGGCUGCCGUCGCGCCAGGACAUCUCGAAGAACACGAUAGACCUGGGCAACUGCAUCAGGCAGCUGCAGAUCGACGCGAACCGCCAGUUCCAGACGCUGCAGAACAUGCAGAGCAUCCAGAGCGCGCCUUGGAACGCUUACAAUCUGAUCAACGCUCGCGUCCAAGGUCCCGAGGAGUACGAUAGCUCCGAGGACGGCAGGGUGUACAUGAAGCCGGGAAGUUACAACGUCCCGAAGAAGAGACACCAGCGCAGAUCGGCCCGUCGUUUGGACAACUAUAUGUCCCGGAACGCGGCGAGUGGUCGCGCCAACAGCCAUCGCAAUAAUUACGCCGGCAAGGAUAAGGUCUUUUCCGCUCAGGCGUCGUCGAUGCCAGCCUCGCGAGCUACCGUUGCGUCUGCCACCAGCAACGCCAGCAAUUCUAUCGACGCGCCGGUGAAGCUGCCCUUCCCAGCGACCCCCAUCGUGCCACCGCCUGCAUUCUCCCUGGAGAAUUCGCCUAGAAUUUUGAAACGAUCCGAAAAUAUGAACCACGCUCUGCCGCAGGACGUCACUUGGAACGCGGCGUGCGCCUCGGCGAAGAUUCUGCUGGAAGCGUUGAACGUUAAGGAAGGCGAGAAUGUCGACGAGAACGAAGCCGAUCCCAGAGAUCGUACCGGGGAGCACGAAAGCAUCGGAAAUGGGGGCAACGUCGACGCUCUGCCGGAACCCGAAGAGAAUCGAGAGAAAAUGAAGGAAAAUAUCCCGAAAGCGAUUAAGGAUGACAACGACGGCUGCAGCGGAGCUUCUAGUUACGAGGCGUCCGAGGACGACUCCGGGUCCACCUGCCAUUUCUCCCCAAACAGAAGCAUCAACGAGGCUCUACAAUCGUCCGAAAAUAAAAACGGUUUCAGUAAGAUGAACGUUAAAACGGACUCGUGGUUAAUCAGAACUUUGAACAACGCUAGCAUGGUGAACAAGAAACGGCGAAAGAACAGCGCCGAUCCGCGCAGCUCCGAAUCGUCGAACAGCUCGAUGAUAGAAGACGACGAACAGUCCGUUCCCGUUUUAUCGUUGACCGCAUCUGCAACGACCGUCGCGACGACCAUAACUGUUAAGAACCUUCAGCAAAUUAGCCACAACGCCGCGAAGGACGCGUGCAGCCCUUCGAGCAACGAUCAAAAGACAUCGGAAGAGGUGAUCGCCGGGAAGGCCACGUACUCUGAAACGGUGCGACGCUCGACGCCUGUAACCGCGUCGCAAUCGGAGAAGAAGGAAUUCGGCAAAAGAGGAAAAUCGAGUGUCCCGAACUCGUCGACGACGAGCAGCGGCGUCGCGCCGAUUUCCGGCCGCAGGUGUCCGAGAAAAGAGUCCGAGAAAUCGCAUUAUCUCGCGCACAACAGAUCGCGCAAGUGUCCUGGUAAGAAGCUGACGAAAUGCUACGAGAUCGACGAGCCGCAGAUGGAGGAAAUGACGAGCGGCAAGUCGAAAAUUUCGCGGAACGACGCGACGAAGGAAAACGCGCUCGGUCUGCCGCAGUCCGCGGUUAUGGCGAAGCACGAGAAGAAGAAGGAGUACGUCGGUUGCAUCGAGUUUUUGGAUGGGAAAUACGGCGGCAAGGCCAGCGACCGAGGCUGGUCCGUGUGGUACAGCUCGAAAAGGAAGCAAAGUCUCAGUCCUCUCGCGCUGAGCAAACUGGAAACGAUACAUCGGACGGUCUGGCAAAUGGACGAGGCGGAAGUCUUCAAGUACCCGUCUUCCGGAGACAGCGGUGGCAGCCAGUCCUCUACGUACACAAUCGAAGACUACUGCAAGGUCAUCAAGAACCCGUUGUUUCUUGAAACGGUCGAAUACAAGCUGAAGAAUCGCGUUUACCACAAGGUGGAACACGCGGUCCGGGACUUUCGUCGUAUCGUUUACAAUUCCAAAAUGUAUCACAAGAACGAUCAUGAUCGAGUGAAAACGAUCGAGACGCUAUCAAGAAGACUGGAAGAGCUAUUCGAAGAACAUUUCGCCAGUUGGGACUUUGAUAACAUUAGCGGCAGUCCAAGAGAUGUUUCGCCGGUGUCUCAUCGAUUCAAGUUGGCCGGGAAGAAGACAGCGACCGGACGUUGUAGCAACGCGAAGAAAAGUCCGUCUUCCUCGAUCGCAGAAAACGUUUAACCGUACAGCUCCGUACGAAUUGUUGUGUCCGUAAUUCAUCGCGACACCUUGUCUACGAUUUCAUAUUGUCAUUCGACUGAAAGAAGGACAGCUAAGCUAGUCAAAUCGGAUUCUCAGAUGAGCUCGACGGAGACAAUGUUCGGUAUGCCUGGAACUCCCGUGAGAGUUUGUCGUAAUAACAUGUUCUAGUCACAUCCUCAGUUCAUAUAGUUAUUAUCAUAAGCGUUCUACGAGUUUCCUUUCGCAAAGCAACUUACGUUUUUCUUCGUUUAUCUUUAAGGACCGCACACGUUCAAACGCGCUUAGUAUUUCGCUACGCCGAAACUAAAGUAUAUUCGUAAGAGUAACAAUCCCGAACGAAAGAAACCAAUAAUAAUGUUUUCUUUUUUUCUUUUAAUAUUAUCAACGUCGAACAACAAGGAAUUCAAACUCGAAAGCAUACAUGGUUACUCUGAUAUUCGUUAAACCAAAUGAUAGAAAAGAAAUGUGAAUCAUUUAGAUGCGUAUGGCGAAGCGAUUUGCCAUGCGUGGCGCAAUUGUAUAUGACACUUGAAGUAGACACGAAACAAAUAGAAUUGUAAUAUUAAAUUGUAAUGUUAAACGGAUGAAAAGGAUUUACAGAAUAAAAAUGACGAAAAAUUUGAA